CCGGCACCCUUUGGUGUUGAGUACGGAGGAGGGGGCCUUUCCUGCUCAAGUGAACACUUCGGGGGAUAAGUUGAAGACAUAUACGAGCUAAAGGCGACCGGUCCGGGAGAAGCCAACCCCUCAUUAUUAAAAUACCGUUACCUGCCGGUUCCGUGGGGCUUCAUGCGCGGUUUCAGCGGAGACGUUUGAGUCUGUCGGCGUGCGUGUUGCGCCAGGUGUCGGGCCACAGAGUGUGGGAAAAUGCCAUCUUUUUCAUGGAGGGUUUGGCCCGCGCUUGUGUUGCUUCUCUUCCCUUCAACUGUGGCUGCAGAAGAGUCAUCACUACUGGAAGGCUGGCACGAUGUUUGGCUCUUCCGCUUCCUCGUCAACAUGCUGGGAUACUCCAGCAUCAUCAUCCCCGGCUACCUCCUCAUUAGCUACUUCAAGCGCACCAAUUACUUAGAAACAGGUAGUGGGAUGUGCUACCCUGUCAUAAGAACCUGCGUGUUUGGCAGUGAGGCCAAAACAGGUCUGUUGGAUGACGUGUCGGUUCCCCCCAGGAAUGAGGGAGAUUCAGGCUCGUCACUCAAACAGGCCAUGAAAUUAAUCUUUUGUGCUGCUGGACUUCAGGGAUCGUACCUGACAUGGGGGGUCCUGCAGGAGAGGGUGAUGACCCGAUCCUAUGGAGCCACGACACCAGAGGAGCAGGGAGAGAGAUUCAAGGACUCCCAGUUCUUGGUCUUCAUGAACCGUAUCCUGGCUCUUACCGUGUCGGGCCUCUGGUGCCUCCUGUUCAAGCAACCUCGCCAUGGAGCACCCAUGUACAAGUACUCCUUUGCCUCGCUCUCCAACAUCCUGAGCAGCUGGUGCCAGUACGAGGCCCUCAAAUACAUCAGCUUCCCCACCCAAGUCCUGGCCAAGGCCUCCAAAGUAAUUCCUGUCAUGCUCAUGGGUAAGAUCGUCUCCCGUAAGAGCUACGAAUAUUGGGAGUACUUCACGGCUGUGCUGAUCUCAGUGGGUGUCAGCAUGUUCCUGCUGUACAGCUCAAAUAGCAAGCAACCAUCCACUGUCACCACCUUCAGUGGGAUCAUCAUCCUCAUCAGCUACAUUGUCUUCGACAGCUUCACCUCCAACUGGCAGGACAACCUGUUCAAGUACAAGAUGUCAUCAGUGCAGAUGAUGUUCGGAGUCAACCUGUUCUCCUGCCUCUUCACCGUCGGUUCACUACUGGAGCAGGGUGCCUUCUUCGACUCUCUGGCCUUCAUGACACGUCACUCCGAGUUUGCCUUUCAUGCUGUGUUGCUGUCCGUAUGCUCAGCAUGUGGCCAGCUCUUCAUCUUCUACACCAUCAACCAGUUUGGUGCUGCCAUCUUCACCAUCAUCAUGACCCUGAGGCAGGCCAUCGCCAUCCUCCUCUCUUGUUUCCUUUACGGUCACGCUGUCACCAUGGUAGGUGGAUUUGGUGUUGCCGUAGUUUUCCUGGCACUUUUCCUACGGGUGUAUGCACGUAGCCGCAUGAAGUCAGGUCGACGGUCAGCGCAGCCGCUUGCACAGAAGGUGUAGCACUCCAAGGUCGCACCAACCUGGGAACUGAGACCACAUUUUCUGUGGCGCUUUUUGUCUAUUUGUGUGUAUCUGUUGAGUCUGUUGUUUUUUAACUGUUCUUUUCCAUUGGUUUUUAUUUUUGUUAGCAACGGUACAGAAAGGGAUUCAUCCGUUUUGACUCUUACACCAAGAUGCCCCCAAGGGGUCCAUGUGAUUUGAGUGCCUGUAAGAUUGUCUAAUACACGAGUCCCAAACGACAACAUGCAAACUGCCUCUAGUUAAACGGUAGAAUAUUUUUUCUUAAACCACAGUAUGUGGCUUGUGCGGCCAGUUUAAGGUUGCUGUGAUCCUGGAAAAGGUAUGUGAGCUAUACGGUUAAGCAUUAAUUUUCAAGAUUUUACAACCAUGCCCCUGACCUAACUUUAUGAAAGCUGACUGUUUUGCUCAAAUAUUUGGGAUAAAGACAACACUUGCUAUCCAUUAGGUUAUCAGUGAGUCACAGUAGCCAGAUGCGUAUCUCACAGUCCUCCGUGUCGGAGAGCAGUGGUCUUAGUGUCUUCAUUUGGGAUUUUAUCUUGUAAAGCUGUAAACAUAGCCUGAACACAUGGUGCAUACAUUACUGUUUAAUUUAAGGUAUAUUAACUUGUUCCAGCAGCUACAAUCUGUAAUGUAGGGUGGUAAACAAAAGUUUGUGCAAUAAAGAGAGCACUACUUACAAAAUUGUACAAUUUGGCCAUGACUUCACUGAACCAGAUGCUGCUUUUGGUACUUUUUACUCCGGGUUAUUUUAAGAUCAUCAUUUUGUUGUCAUCACAACACAGAAUUACUUCAGUUUUAAAAUUGGGCUAAAAAAAAAAUCAUGUAAAUAUAUCUCUAAGUCAUUGUUUAUGCCAACCAACUUGUCUGUUGUGUACUUUUGUAAAAGGACUGCUUCAUGUUUUCCAUGUGAAUGUUUGGGAGAAUACUGAAUGAAUGUUGACGAUGCUCAUUGUCAUCACAAGGAUGUUGGUGCAGGGGAUGGUUUGCAGAAGAGAAUGGAUACAAGGGAAAUGUAAUGUUACUGGUACCUUGUUUUUAUCAUUCAACUAUUUCCUCUUGUAACUGGAUUAUUAAUAAAACCUAUUAAAUUAACUUAAAGCUA